CGUGUUAACUCAGGAAGCAGCAGGGGGAUAAGUGGUGUGUUGGCAUUUUGGAGAAAUUUGGAGCAAAGUACAAUUUUUUGAAAACGGUUUUUUUUCUUGUCCGGCUUUCUUUUAACGCACAGCAGCCAGGCGUCUCGUAAUGCAGAAAGUCCUCCGCUGAGUGACGUUUAUGACCAGUAAACAAGGAGAGUGGUGAAGAGGUAAAAUGGGGAAGAAAGAUGCAAGUGCAGUAACUUCGCCGGUUGAUCAGUACAGAAAACAAAUUGGGAAGCAGGACUACAAAAAGACCAAGUCUGCAUUAAGGGCUACACGGCUGAAGGCUGAGGUGAAGAAGAGUUCUUCUGGUUUGAGGGACGCCUUCCUGGUUAUCGUAGCCAUCCUGUUCUUUGUGCUGUGCAUCUACGCCUUCUUCUAUCUAAAUCUCAGCACAGAGAUUGACAUGGACUUGGACAUGGAUUAACACAGAGAGAACAGCGGGACGGCUGCAGGACUCUCAUUUCGUCAUGCUUUACGUGAGGACAGGAUGGGGAUGCGAGAGCAGUGCACGCCGUCACACAACUGCACGAAAGGGAACCGUAUUUCUCGACCCUACAGACAUCCUGUUACCAUUUGUUGACUGUUUGGCAAGAUGGUGAUGGGGAAGUGACUCCAAAACACUUAAUGUCACAGUGUGUCAAACAGUUUUACAUUCAACUGAUUUUUUUUACUUUUUAUAUAAUUUUUUGACUCUGAAUGCCUUUAAAGUUCAUUGUCUCUGCCAAGAAGGUAAUGCUUUCAUUAGUGAUUUUUGUUUGUGUGUUAGCAAGACAAUACAAAACGUAAUAAACAGAUUUCAUUAAAUUUUGUGAUCAGAAUGGUAAUGUUCUACGAAAUGGGUAAUUCAGUUUUUGAGGUGAGAGGGAAUAUAUUGUAGAACUGAGAUCUAGAAGGAUGUUUGGCCCAGAGCAACAUUCAGCUCGAAAUGUGAAGAUGAUCAAAUUUGGUGAACAGAUGGAUAAUGCCCUAUAAAAUGAAGGAUUUCUGUUUGAAUUUGAUCUGGAAUGUAAUUUAGAUCCAGGAGACAUUUUAAGCAUUCAAGGACUUGCAGCCUUGGUGGACUCGAGUGCCUUCUAGUUCCUGUCAUGUUUCAGUCUUCUGUUUGAUGGAGCAGGUGGCUCUGUGGCAGAAGAGGCUGUGUCUCCACGACAGGCUGCCUGUGUGUUCUUGGAUAUGACAUUUAAUCUGCACGGUCCUGAUCCAACCAGCUGUACCAAUCUUGGCUGGAGAAGUAGCCUGCAGUGGACUGGUGGUUCAUCCAAGGGGAGUCAUGGACUUCCAUGCACCUGCCCUAUUGACCUCAGGGCCUGUAUAGACCUUACUUUUGCUUAUAUGUAAUGAAAAUAACCUGACAAGUGAAGACUUGUCAGGCUGCAAAAUAAUUGUUUGAGAAAAAGGUUACUGACCUUUUACUUCAGGUUCUUUUGUAAUAAAAGUUGUAAAAUUUGCAUUUAGCAUAUUGUGAGGAGACUUUUCUAAACUUGCUCUGAUAAUUAAAUUCUCUGGAGAUGCAGGCCUCUAUUUCAGUCUAGUCCUCUCAUCACUGGGACAAGCAUUAGUCUCUUAUUCCUGUGUACAAAAGUCUCCUCUUGGAUAUCUGGAGAAUCACAAAGUGUGAGAUUAGAAUUCGCAAAGCCCUUACCGUGAUUGAGCAUAUGUGCGGAAUUCACAACAUGUUACACUUUAUCCAGGAAAUAUUCACAGCGUUUCACUUUUUCCACAUUUUAUGUUUCAACCUUUUUCCAAAAUGGAUGAAAUUCAUUUUUUUCCCCCUCAAAAUUCUACACAAUACCCCAUAAUGACAAUAUGAAAAAAAACUUUUUUGAGAUUCCAGGAUUAGCAUUAGUGAGUGAAGAGGUCGGCCUCCUAAGAAGCAUCUUGAUGAGUUUCCUCUUCGUCGAAUGUGGUGGUGUUUCCUUAAUGAGAUGAUGUUUAAUAAAGAUUUAUAAGUGAU